CUCGGCAGUGUGUCCCUUACACCCUGGAAAGGGACAAGACUUAGCUAUUUGUUGCUUUUAGGGGGGGGUAUUUGGGCAGCCAGGGGCUCAAGAGUAUGUGUGUGCAUGUGUAAGGCAUGAGGUGCAGCAUGUAAAAACACACCUAGGAAGAAAGUCUCAACAGAGAUCAGAUUAAAAGAAGAUGUAAUUAAACACAGAGAGCAUCCUGGCUGUUACUUGGCUCUCCUUGCAUAACUCUCAGUACCAGCUGCCUUCACAGAUGGCUGCUCUGCUGUCAAAGUAAUUUGCUGGGCACCUGUUGGAAAAACUGCCAGGUCAGCACAGAACUAAUUGCACCACCUUUCCCUGUAAUGAGAUUUCAAAGUCUAGAGGACAAAUCACUGAGAGGCCUUGCAGCCACCCAGAUGAGCAAUGACCCCCACUACUUAACCCUCCCCAUGUACUCUUGUGAGUGACUAAUAAGGAUGAGGAUGCUGCAGUGACCUGGAAGGUCUCCAGGGCUCAAAUGGCCCAUGGCAGAGGAAGUUGCAUGUCCCCCCUUCAAGCAUGGCGAUGGCUCCUUCUGGGUCCAGAGGGAGCAGGACAGGAGCUGCUGCUGUCCCAGUCCCCUGCUGUUUGCACCCAGGUCUGAGGCUCUCAAGGGCAGCUGAAUGGCUCUGCACACAGAGCUCUGCAGCUGUGGAGUGAUACGCAGACACAUGGGGUGCCUUUGUUUGCCUGGGUGAGCGGCCAAGUUGCAGCCCAUCUCCAGCUUCGUACCAGCUGCAGAUCUAAGGCAGCUGACUGGCCUGCCAAAAAAACACAACACGUUGAGGACCAGGGAGUGGCUUGUGCUGAUGCUGAAUAAUGAUGAUCGCAGUGCGCUUAUAAAGUGGUGGUGUGGACAGCUCACCACAGAGCUGUUCUUGCAGCCUUGGCCCUCAUCAGAGCAUCACUCCAUCUCUUCAGCCAAGGUCCAUUUCCCGCCUGCAUCCUGGUGCAGCCAUGCUGGCCACAGCAGUGAGGCUCUUGGUCCUGUUCAGCCUCCUUGGCUUUGGGAAAUGCCAGAUGUUUCAUAUGGGACCAUGCCCAGACCCAGCAGUCCAAGAAGACUUCGAUAUCAACCAGUAUUUAGGCAAAUGGUACGAGAUAGAGAAGCUGCCCUCAGGUUUCGAGAAAGGAAGCUGCAUCCAGGCAAAUUACUCAUUGAAGGAAAAUGGGAAGUUCAAGGUGAUCAACAAGGAGCUGCUCUCCAAUGGCAAAGUCAACGAGGUUGAAGGAGAAAUCAUGCACAUGGACGUAAAGGAGCCGGCCAAGCUGGGUGUCCGCUUUAACUGGUUCAUGCCUUCAGCCCCUUACUGGGUCAUCUCCACUGACUAUGAAAACUACUCGCUGGUUUACUCCUGCACCAACAUUCUCUGGCUCUUCCACAUUGACUAUGCCUGGAUUUUAUCAAGAGCUCCAGACAUGCACCCAGAAACCGUGGAGCACCUGAAGAGUGUUCUCCAGUCCUACAAGAUCGACACUGAGAAAAUGAUGCCCACGGAUCAACUUAACUGCCCUUCCGAGAUGUAACUCCGGCAUGCAGUGACAGCACCAGACAGCGAUGAACUUUGUUGCUUUCUGAUUUAUCCAUUAGAAUUUCUCUAUGUAACAGAGAAAUGUAGUAAUCCCUUGCUAACGGUAGUUUGCCAGCCUUGAGUUAUGCUUUGCUGUUGUUCUAUCACUCUUCCCCUUUUUUCUCACUCUGACUUUCGCAGAGUAACUGACUGAUUCAAAGCUAAUGGGUGAAGAAAAGAAAUUCUGAAGUGCAAGCGUGAAGCUCUGCUGUUUCUGUGAGUUCUCCUCUGUGUGGAUGGGAAAGGGUAUGAGACAUGAUGUACAAGUAUUCAUCCCACGAGAAACCUUUCAUCGCACAGCCCCAGGUUUGUUUUCCAUUUUUGUCUUGAUGCUUCUGGGCUUGCUGCAAGUCUGUGGUGUCUGAGCCACACUGCAGGCACUGCCUUACAAGGGGCGGCAUCCAAACACAGUGUGUCAGUCCUGCAGACCUGGAACUUAGACUGUGGUCUUGAGUGUUUUCUGGUGCAGGCCUGCUGGCAUACGUUGCUGCCACAUCAGCAGGCCUCCUGACUAGGAAUCAGAUCUGGCCCUUUGUAUUUAAAGUCUAAAAAUGUCCAGAAAUUCAGCAUGGCUCCAUCCCCAGUGUCUGUAUGUGUCCUCUCUCGCCUCUAGUGAGGCUGGUCCUGCACACCCAAGGGGUCAGCUCUGAGCGUGCUCAUAAGAAGACAGAAAGAGAUGGGGCUGCUCCACUGUCCUCUCUUCUGGAAGCUUUUCCCUGAACACGAAGAGAUGGCAGGCUCUGCCUGAUGUCCUGCUUACCGCUUUUGUACGCACUGAGUGCCCGCUGGCACUGCAACUGCCUUGGCAGGUGUCCACCAGGCACCACGACAACUCUGCUUGAAUAGCACUGAUGCAGCUCAUUAAAAAUGAAAUUAAAACAUC